AAUGAUAAUGGACAGUACUUAACAGUAACACACCCAGUGGAAGAAACGUGGCGAUUAAUGCUAAUGCAAGACACACUCAUUGAAAGCAAUUGGGAGAAAUUCAAUGUUCCUACCUUGUGGGCAGAAGACAAUCCCCCUGGGCUUGCUAUAUUUGCAUCUCCAGUUGAAGUCAAGCUGAAACCAGGAUGCCAGCCCAUUAGAAUACCCCAGUAUCACAUUCCACAGGAUGCAGCUACAGCCAUCCAAGUCUUAAUUGACAAAUUCUUAGCUGCAGGCAUAUUAAAGGAAACUAAAUCCCCAUGGAACACUGCAAUAUUACCCAUAAAAAAAACCAGAUGGGGGGUUUAGACCUGCACAAGAUUUAAGACCCAUCAAUAACCGGACUGUAACGCUUCAUACAAUUAUGUCUAAUCCAUAUAUUUUGCUUGGAACUAUCCCUCCUUCAGCAACAUGGUUUUCAGUCAUAGACUUGAAGGAUGCUUUUUUCACAAUUCCCUUACAUCCUGAUAGCCAGGAUCUAUUUGCCUUUGAGUGGAAAGACCCUAACUCACGUCGCCAUUCUCAAUAUACAUGGACUAGGUUGCCUCAAGGGUUUAAAAAUUCUCCAACUCUUUUUGGUCAAGCCCUUGCUUUGGACUUACAACACUUUCACCCAAUUCAGGAAGGUGAUUGUCUCCUUCAAUAUGUAGAUGAUGUCCUAGUGACAGGAACCACACAGGAGAAUUGUUUCAAAAAUACCCAAAUGCUUCUGGAAUUACUGAGAGACUGUGGUUACAGGGCAUUCAGAAAAAAAGCACAAUUAGUUAAAAAGGAAGUUACAUAUUUGGGAUAUAAUUUGUCUCAAGGCCAAAGAAACUUGGGCUUACCUAGAAAACAGGCAAUUUUACAGCUGCCCCCACCUAAAACCUGAAAGGAAUUGAGAGGCAUUUUGGGAGUCAUGGGCUUUUGCCGUUUAUGGGUCCCUAAUUUUGCUCUCCUGGCCAAGCCUUUGUAUUCAUCGACUCGAGGCGCCGAAAACGAUCCUUUUGAAUGGGGCAAGGAGCAAGUAAAUUUCUUUGAGCAAUUAAAGACACUUCUCACAUCCUGCCCUGCUCUCGGCUUGCCAGAUCUCACUAAGCCCUUUCGUCUCUAUGUAGACGUCCGUCAUAAUGUGGCUUUAGGGGUGUUGACACAACAGCAUGGGUCAUGGCAACGGCCUGUAGCUUACUUAUCUAAACAACUUGAUGCCCCGGCCCAGGGAUGGCCGCACUGUCUUAAAAUGCUGGCUGCUGUCUCAGAACUUGUGAAAGAUACAAACAAACUGACUUUUACUUCAGACGUAGCAGUUUAUACAUCACAUGCUCUGCAAACUAUUUUAGAACAUAAAGGACAUUUGUGGUUGAGUAACCAACGGCUGCAUACAUAUCAAGUACUCUUGCUAGACAAUCCUCAAAUUACUCUUCAUCAAUGUGCAACCAUUAACCCGGCUACCCUCAUGCCUAUCCCAGAUGCAUCUCUCCCACUGCAUGACUGUUUAUAUGUUUUAGAUCAUCAAUAUUCCUGCAGACCGGAUUUAACUGACACCCCUCUUUUACAUGCCCAGCUCACUUGGUUCACGGACGGAUCCAGCUUUGUAGAACACGGGACUAGAUAUGCGGGCUAUGCAAUUGUUAGUAUAAAAGGGGUCAUUGAAAGUUCGUCCCUUCCUGUGGGCACCAGCGCACAAGCAGCAGAAUUAUGGGCUCUUAUCCGUGCAUUGGAAUUAGCCUCAGGCAAAACUCUUAACGUCUACACUGACAGUAAAUAUGCCUUUUUGACUAUUCAAGCACAUGCUGCUAUUUAUAAAGAAAGGGGCUUCACUGAUUCUUUGGGCAAAUUAAUACAACAUGCCUCUUUAAUCAAAAGGUUGAUCAAAGCUGCACAGUUUCCCAAGUCUUUAGCUGUUAUCCAUUGCCCAGGUCAUCAGAAAACAGACACCCUCAUUGCCCAAGGCAAUCGAUUUGCUGAUAAAGAAGCUAAACUUGCAGCACAUCAGCCUAUAGACAAAACGAAUUCUCAUCUCUAUUUGGCACAUGAAAUUGAAUCAUACAUUGAGAAAUCCCAUCCAACCUAUACACCUGUGGAAAGGGAAAAAGCUGUUGGGGAUCUCAAAGCCACUCUUGUGAGGGGAUGGUACACACUUCCAGACAAUCGCCCAGUGAUACCAGUUUCCCUUGCUUGGCCCCUAGUAAUGGAAGCACAUCAAACAUCACACAUCGGCAAAACUGCUUUGGCCCAGCAAUUACAGGCUGCUUUUUACAUUCCUAAUUUGCAGAGCCUGGUGGCCAAGGUCACUUCUCAGUGUUCGACUUGUGCUCAAGUAAAUGCCAGGCAAGGACCACGUUUACCUGAAGGACAACAGCCCAUCUCUUACUUGCCAAUGGACUAUUUAGUAGUAGAUUUCACUGAUAUGCCCAGAUGCAAUGGUUAUAAAGCUUUGCUCACUUUUAUUGACACGUAUUCUGGUUGGCUGGAAGCCUUCCCUACUCGAAACAAGUUAGCUAUACAAGUUGCACGCUUUCUUUUAAAGGAAAUAAUUCCAAGAUUUGGCUGCCCAUCCCACAUCAGUUCUGAUAAUGGCCCUGAAUUUGUACAACGUAUAAAUCACCACUUAGCUGAAGCAGCAGGUGUAAAGUGGAGAUAUCAUUGUUCUUUUCGUCCUCAAUCGGCUGCGAAAAUUGAGAGAGCUCAUCGCUCAUUGAAAGCAAUCAUUACCAAGUUGUGUCUAGAAACACAUUUGCCAUGGCUUCAAGUUUUUCCUAUGGCUUUGUACAUUUUUAGAACUACCCCACGAACCAAAUACCAGUUAUCUCCUUUUGAACUUUUAUAUGGAAGACCCCCGGCUUUGUUCAAACACCAUUUUCAAGGUUGGCCUGAUUAGCUCAGAAA